AUGCUUAGUCAACUUCAACGAGGACAUCAUCACGAAUUUGAUGGUGAUCCAAUGUCUGCACGUACAAUAAAUGGUCAUGGAGAACGUUGGAAAUCUCCAGACCGAUCAACUUUAUCGUUUUUAAACAAUAAUAUAUUACCAGAUGUUUUUACACCACGUUCAAAUUCAUCUGCAUUAAAUCCUGAUUUAUCACGAGCAUUUCGUGUUGAUGCUCAUCUAUUAGCUAUUGUGCGAAUUGAAGAUAAACGAAAUAGUUUCUAUUCGGCUGAAGUCGUUAGUAAAUUACGCCAAAAAGAACAAACACAAAAGUUUAUUAAUAAACCAUGUUCAUUAUUUGUUAAUGAUCGUAAUUUUAUCAUAUAUGAUCGAGCAACACAAGUUAUUGCAGAAAUAAUUCCACUUGAAAAUGUUGAUCCCACAUGUGUGUAUUCUGAUGAACAAGAUACACUCAAUGAUAUAUUUAUGUAUCGUAUAUUGGAUCGACAUUUAACACCAACAACAAGUCAAGCUAGUAAUUCAAAUAGCAAUGAAUUGACACAUGCAAUUGUAUUUAAAUGUUCAAAUAAAGAAUCAAGACAUCUUGUUGAUAGUAUUCGAAGUGCAAAUGGAAAAUCAUUAAAAGGUUCAAGAAGUACUCGAUCAGAAACACGAAGUACAAUUGAUCGACGUUUCAAUGAGACUGAAGGAAUACCAUCCAAUACUACACAACCAUUUUUACCUGAAUCUGUAUCAAUAAACAAUCCAACAUAUGUUGUUGGUCCUCAACAUUCAUCACGUACAAGAAGUCAACAACAUUCAAAUAUGACUUCAGCAGAUUAUUAUAGACGUUUAAUAGAAGAAUUAAAUAAAUGUUUUGAUGAUAUUGAAUUAUUUGUGCAUUACAUUGAAGCAACUAUGGAAUAUACCAAAGAAUUAGAACGUGAUUAUCGACGAAAAGAUAAAAAAUCAAGUGGUUUAAAACAAAUGGUUGAAAAACUACCUGAUGACAGAAUUUUUAUUGAUAUAUUACAAAAAUUUAAACAUUCAUUCAAUCUUUUAGGUGAAUUAAAACAUAUUAUCCAUAGUCCAAAUGCACCUGAAUUAGUUCAUUAUUUAUUAUCACCAUUACAACUUAUUUUACAUGCAUUACGUACAAAACAUCCAAAUCAAUUACAAUUGGUAUACGAUACAUGGACACCUGCAUUAACAAGAGAAGCAAAAGAAUUAUUAGCCAAUUGUUUAACAUCAAAAGAACAGGAAGUUUUAUGGAAUCUUGGUCCAGCAUGGACUCGAACAGGUGAAGAAAUACCAACAAUAUUAGCCGAUUAUCGACCGGUAUUUUUUGAAGGUCGUUCAAUAUGGUUUCAAGAACCAUCUAAUGAUUAUUCAUUAAAAUCAACACGUAGUAUCGAUGAACGUCAACCAUCAGUUUGGUCGUCUCCUCGACAACCAAAUCAAAAUAAUAAUAAUAAUGGUCCAUCAUCAAAUCAUCAUACAACAUUAGUUAGACAACCAUCACCAGCUGGACAUUUUGAUACAUCAACUGUUGAUCGUUCAAAUAAAACUAGUGUAGCAGAAAAUUAUAAUGCACAUAAUCAAAAUGAAUAUAUUUGGGCUAUGGAUAGAAAACGUGUUGGAGCAAAAAUUUGUGUAGUAAAAUUUGAUCGUCAAGGACAAAAUAAUAAAGAAUUAACUGUACGACGUGGUGAAUUAAUUGAAAUUGAAAAUAGUUCAAAGAAAUGGUGGCGUGCAAGAAAUGCUCAUGGUGAUGUUGGUCAUGUACCACAUAAUAUUGUUGAAGAAGUUGAACUAGAACAAAUACAAGUUGUAUUCGUUAUCCCACGUUCAUCGAGUGCACCUCAUCGAGGAUUUACUCAUGUCAAUGGACAUCAUCAUCGCAAUGUCAAUGAUUAUAGCCAGCAUCUUAUUCGUUCUCCAUCCUAUGGAAAUAAUUUUAUUAUGCAAUCAAAUAACAGUACAUAUACAAAUCCGGCAAUAACGAGUGAUCAAUUAAUUCAAGAAACAUUUUCACCAUCAGUUUCUUCUCCACCACUUGCUCCUCCUCUUCCUCCUCCUCCUCCUCCACUAUCAAUUCCACCGCCACCACCAAUGCCACAACAAUUAUUAACUAGUCGAUCAUCAGCAUGGACAACAUUACCAUUACCAGAAAGUAGUAGAAAACGACGUUCUCGUUCAAAUACCAAUUUGUCUACUCAAAAAGUAGAUGUAUUACAACAAGAAUUAAAUCAACGUUUAACAGAUCGAAUUGGUUAUAUAAAUCCCAAUUCAUCAAAAGAAGAUGUUCAACGAUGGUUAGCAUCAAAACAUGUGUCAUCUCAACUUGCACAAAAUUUAAAUGGUAUGAAUGGUGAAGAAUUAUUUCAAUUAUCUAAAAGUACACUUGAUCAAUUGACAAAUGAACAUGAAUCAGCUAGAGUUUAUGCAUUACUUUCACAACAAAAACAAUUAGCUGGUUAUCGAACUGGAGAAGUCUCUGAAAGAUCACCGCAUCUAAAUAAUAGUGCACUUAGCUCUCUUAAAGGCAAUACAAUCAAUGAUGCUGAGGAUAAUUUUUCUUUACAACCUGAUGAUACAUUAAGCCGUUCAUUAAAAAUCAAAUUAAAACAACGGCGUGAUAAAAUCGAACAAGCAGAAUCAGUUGAUCGUACUGAGAUUUAA